GGAGGAGGAGAAGAAGAUGGGGAAGAUGGGGGAUUUAGGGGCGCAAGAGACGAGCGAGUGGGAGAAGAGUCAUUAUUUUCCGCUGGGGACUUGCGGUGCUGUUGUUGUGGACAGCUACGGGACUGUUUGUACUGCUACGUCUACAGGGGGUUUGACGAACAAAGUUGAUGGACGCAUUGGCGAUACACCAACUAUAGGAGCCGGGUUCUGGGCCGAAGAGUGGUACGAAGAUGCUGCAGUUGCGAAGAUGCUGUAUCAGCCUGUCCCACAGGCUGUGGCACCGAUGGACAAGCUCUCUAGAGGCGACCUGUACGGUGUGCUUGACGGCUGUCUGUCAACAUUGGGCUCGUCUUCUUCAAGACAAACCGCACCAACGCCAAGUCAAGACAAUAAAGAGCCUACCCCCAUUCGCCAUGCCGUGGGUCUUUCAGGGACCGGUAAUGGUGACUCCUUCCUCCGCACUUCUGCCGCUCGAACGACAGCGGCCAAAUCUCGCUUUUCUUCGCAAUCUCUCAGCGACGCAACCACAUGGAUGGUUGGCCGCGGUGGUGAACUCCAAAAAAGCGCCGGCAACCGAUGGGACGGAGUCCACGAAGGUGUCGGCGGAAUCAUAGGUAUCGAGCUUGUUGGGAAUAAAGUACAAGUCGUUCAGGACUACAAUUGUGGCGGCAUGUUCCGCGCAUGGACGGAGGAGAAUGGAAGUCUUAAGUGUUCGAUCUUUAGAGAAGAUAGGUGGGAGAGCGGACCGCAAAGUUGGCGGGAUAUCUGAAACAAGCGUUUGUGUUGUCGGGCCGUUAACAAUCAUGAUAAAGUGUAUUUUCUAUUUCCGGCACUGCCGAAGAACAAGGAUUAUACUGGAUCGUCUACAGUCUUUUGUUGGCGAUCUGUCAGGUUGAUCGUGUCGGAUUGAUUUGAGCGAGAGUCUUUCCCAGAGUUCGUAACUGUAUAUCCCGUCGACUGCCACUUAAAGCCAUAGCCAAGCCACUUUGCGAAAUGGGGAAAGGUGGGGA